AGCAGACGGACAACAAUUCAAUACAAUGUUUCAACUUUUAGUCAAUUAUUUAGGGAUAGAUACGCGAGUGUUUUUCUUGAAAAACCUAUUACUGGUAAAGAAUACAGAUUACUUGUCGAACGUAUUAAAUCUGCAAUACCUUGUUUUAACGAAUUGCACGACGACGAAAUUCGAAUUGCAUAUAAAGAUGUUCAUUCAGGAUGUUUCAUAAAUAUUCAUGCAAAUGUUGAUGAACAAUUUCACCUAACAGAUACAUUCAACAACGUAUUCACAGUUGGAGCAUACGAUAGAAUUAAUUUGAAAGUUUGUAGAAGUGAUUCACCGUUACUUAUUACUGUUAUUAGAAAGAAAUCGUUAAUUCGCGACGAUCUCAAAGAACCUACGUUUUGUUCGAGUGUAAAUAACAAGGUGAGACCGAUUGCUGCUUUCACGGAAAAUGAUGAUACAAGUACGAGUACAUCUGCCCUUCCCAAACAACUUAAUUUUACAGCAGAUUUGUCCGAAGUUCAAGGGUGGAAAGAAAACAAUCGCAAUAACAAUCCUUGUUACGCCCCGUUUGCACGUCUUAUUUUACCUGUAAUUCUAUCGUAUGCUCCAACUGUAACAACGUUGUUGAAAGUAUCUGUUAGGUGA